AUGUCUGCCGGACAAUUGGGGAGGCAUCGCUCGGUGUCGAUGAGCUCGGGUCAGUCUUCGAAGGGGCGACUAGCCACACUUGCGGAGAUCAGUCAAAGCAUGCCUCCAACCGAAGUCACCCGCGAUUUCGAACCAUGCGCUGCCACGCCGUCUAUGUUUUUGUAUGUGCAAGGCAACUCGGUUGUUUGCGCACACCACGAUACCCUGGCCAUUGAGCGACGCUUCUCGCGACAUACCGAGGAGAUCCAAUUACUUGCCGUCGACAACAUCAGUGAGAGAGGCGCUGGGCGACUAGUAGUAACUUAUGAUGCCGGGCAGACGGCCAUUGUAUGGGAUUGCAUGACUGGAGAUGAGCUGGCCAGAUUUGCGUCGUAUGAGAACCUGACAGUUGCAGCAUGGAUGCGCAAUGGAAAUGUUGCUUUCGGUGCGUUGAACCAUCAUCAGCGAUUAUAUUUGGUUUUUUGGGGUGGCUGUUCGUUCAGAAGAAGGGUUGCUGAUUUAUUGUUGUGCAGGCAAUUCGCAAGGGAAAGUGAUUCUAUUCGAACCUUCAACAUCCGAACACAUUUCCGCGAGAACGAUAGACCAAAUCCCAAUCACGGCUUUGGCUCCCGCUGCAGAUUAUUUGCAAAUGGAUCCCUCCUAAUCGCAGCUUUACAGCCAAGAUUCACCAUUCUGCACAACCUGACUACCUCCAGAGGACCGUCUCCCAUUGUCACGUUGGCAUGGCACGCCUCUUCAUCACGCCAAAAAUCCGAUAUGUUGGCCAGCCAGACAAACGACGGUGACUUGCGGGUCUGGAGUGUCGCCAAGUCGCCCACGAGCAGUGAUACGGCUAAAGUCGUAAGAGUCUUGAAACGGACAGACAACUAUCAAACGGGGCCAAAUUGGUUGGCGUGGGCCAAGAACGGUCGGAUUCUCCAGUUUUCUGAAGGAGAAACCUCGUCGUGGGAUGUGCGGACGAAGAAUGUUCUUUACGAGUCAGUACCUACGCUCGAGCAUGUCAGGGGUCUCGCUGUCUACGGCCCUGGCGCCACUCUGUUCACAUUGGGCCCCAACAACACGGCCCAGCAGUUCGACCUCAAUAGUCCCCCGCAGAUUGUGGCAAAUGUUCAGCACCCAGCCAAUCUGUUCCCCCCUUCGCCACCCAUCUCUAUCGAGGAGCAGAAGAAGCAGGGCUCGGCGGCUAUCGCUGAUGCCGAUCUUGAGUCGUCGUCGGUGCCGAUCAAUAUUGACAUUUCUGAGAGCGAUGAGGAUCAUAUGUCACCACUGGCACGGAUUGCUCGAGAAAUGGACAAGCUGGAGCAAGGACGCCAGGAGCCAGACCGUUCUGAUACUCUCAGUCCUGUGUCGUCAAGAAGUAGAACGUCGACAACAUCCAGAUCAUCCGCUGGGUCUCGACCACACCGCGAGCAUCGGACGCAUACAUCAGUCACCUCACGUGGUCCAAGCGACGGUACGACAAUGUCUCCUGGGUCAUCGAUGCAUUCUACACGAGAACCUUCCUUGGUUUCCAGUCGCGACAGCCUGUCAAUGAGCAGUUUAAGCUCGGCAUCGCAUACUUCACACCGGUCUCGACCAAGGGGCUCCCGCUUACGUCAGGAAGUGCUUCGCAGUCCAGAUGACGCGAGGGUCGUAGACUUAUUCAAAUUCACGAAGACAAGAUUGAGUGAUAUACCUUACAGCCACCCACAGGUUCUAGAUAACAGCCAUCUAACGAACAAUGAUCUUCGACGACAAAUGCUCAGCACAAUAUUCGGCUGGAAGGGUGAGGCGGGUGACCUGAUACAGGAUGAGAUGAGUCGGCACCCACUGGGAUCACCCAAUAGACUCCUCUUGGCUAAAUGGCUCGGUGAUAUCGACACUGACAUUAUGGCUACCAGCUCGGAAUCAAUGACCUCCUCGGACUGGAUGCUCCUGGCCCUAAGUGGAAUUGGCGGCCAUGCUUCACAAACGAAGGUUGCACGCGCAUACGUUCAGCGUCUGCUUGAAAAGGGGGAUGUGCAUACUGCUGCAACAAUCAUGAUUGGAAUGGGCGAUCAGAACGAUGCAAUCGAGAUAUAUGUCUCUCAUAAACGCUACAUGGAGGCUUUGAUAUUGACUUGUCAUGUAUUUCCCGCCGAUUGGCAGAGACAGGCAGAACUGAUCAGAAAAUGGGGUGAAUGGGCAGUUCAACAUAGCUUACAGCAACUAGCUAUCCGAUGUUUCUCGUGCACCGGAUCAGAAUCAUCAGAGCCCUGGGUAUCACCAUCUGCUCAAGCUGCAACGUUCUCGCAAUUUCAGCAGCAAAGCAUCCCUGAAAUUUUGAGCCCGCCAUUGUCCCCUCCCGGGGCCAGAGGUCCUCAACGCAGUAUUGCGAAAACGUCUGCCCUCAAACUCAUCACAACAUUUGGUGACAAAGCUGGAAAAUCCAAGUUCUUCGGCCUCGGCGAAGAUGAGAGAACACCAAUUGGCGGUGGUGUAACCCCAAUUGCAGAGUCUGCACUUUCGCCUUCAGGUAGUGAAACCGUGCACACUGCUUUCUUGAGACCUGGUAAUCGCAGUGCUUACAACACUCCUGCCUCAGCACGAACUGCAACUCCGGGAGGAUUUUCCAGACAAAGGCUCCCUUCAAUUGGCGAAACUCCUUCAGAUGUCAUGCCCCGAAGGACGCUAGAGCCCGCAAAGUUGCCUACACCUGUAGACUCUGGAUCAGAGAGGGAGAAAACUGACCCCCUUGCUAGAGCACACGAGCGCAAUAUUUCACAGCCAGAAACAACACUACAACUCAGUUCAGCAACGUACACGCCCACUGGCAGAGCCGCUACAGCAAGCCCGAUGAUGCAAAAGAGUAGGAACAAACCCUCAAAUCCGCUACCUUCACCCUCUCCAGAAUCAUUCACGAUCAAGAACCAGGCUGCCCGUACUCGAAAUGGAUCCCGUGACCGUAAACCAGAUGGGCUUCAAAUACAGUGGCCACCCAUGGAGUCCAUCAUUACCGGAGAUUACAUGACCUCUCCUGAGCUUUCUGUUACCUCGUCAAAAGCACGUACCAACACUUCACGCUCUGUCGCUCCAUCCACAGCCUCACUCUCCACUGGCGGUAGAAGCCCCAUGACCAGUGAGCGAAGCUACCGAAGCGUUGGGACAGCAAGUCCAGUUGUCACUGGCAGAAGCUUAGAUCAGUAUAUUAGCAGCCUUGAAUCUGCACAAUACCAUGCCGAAAAGCAACGAGUAAGACACAGCAGCCGCGACAGGCACGAUAAAUCAGGGAGGGCGCGUAGUAGCAGUAGAAAGACUAAGACACGCGAACCAUCAGAGGACCGAGGACGCAGUGCUGCUCGCUACAUCAAACCAGCGAAGCGCUCUCCAACAUCACCUGUUCCCAUGUCUCCAGAGGACCUCAGGGAUCUCGGCGCUGUUGGUUAUGGCGAUCUUGCUCUUUCACCUGCCACGGAGAUGAGAAAGCACCAGGAGACCAGCCAUUCAAGGGUGAAAGUUUCAAAACCUUCAAGCCGAGUCCGUCGUACUUCCCCAGAGCCGGUUGCCCGAACCAGUAAGCCUGCAAGCCGUGUGACUAGCCGCAAUAACAGCCGUCGACCUAGCCCUGAUGGCCGCCUUACCAUGAUCAAUACUAGAAGUAGGGGAAGAAGCCAAGGCCGAGAGGGCUCUGCGAUUCGUUCUCCGUCGUCACCGUUGCCUAUGUCACCUCAAGCCAGGUUCUACCAGGCAGAUGAUGAUGAAGAGGACUUGAAGCAGGCGAAACAAGAUCAAAUGAGGUUCAGGUCCAGACAUCGAAGUACGAGCCGCUUGAGAGAGCGUGGAACGAGUGCUGUUCGGGAUGCAUCGCCGGAUAGAAGACGCCGUGACCGGUCAAGCAGCCGACGUCCUGAUGAGCGGGAUGCUAGCAGGACAAGAAAAGAGUCUACAGCGCCAAAGCGAGAGCGCCGGGAACAAUCGCAUGCUCGAUCAGUCUCCGAACAAAAACCCAAUUCUGGUGAUGUCCAUCAACUCAAGGACGAGCGAACUCUCAAGAAAGAACACGCCGCUCGUGAACUCGAGGAAAGACGCAAGUCUUUGGCUCGUAGGCCAUCUGUUCCUCCAAUCAUGCACCCGGGAGAGCUGGGCACCCUUUCUCCGAUUACUUAUCAUGAGGCCUCACCGGACUUCACCGGAUCUUGGCCAAAGCAGACCCAGGUGCAGCCUCCGCGUAGCCAAACAACGUCUCCCGCGAACAUUCAGACGUCUCCGAGUUAUCUGAAAGACGGCAAUGGGUCUUCUGUACAAAUUGGACUUCCAGCUACUCCUAGGGCCAUGAGACAUCCAAAAUAUGAUCCCGAACACAAAGACAUACCCGAAGUUCCUCAAAUUCCCGAGAAAUAUGAUUCGACCCAGCUCCCCACUUGGGGAAGCUUGAAUGCGAUAUCAUACAACAGCGCCUUCGAGAGCCUUGCUCCUCUUCCAAAAACCACUUAUUCAGCGGUACCUCGACGCGGUCCUCCACGAAGCGCAUCUGCUCCAAUUCCGGAAGAGCCUCCCCUCUCGCCGUACCCACUUCCCGCAGCUCUUCCAACACACCCGGCAUUCCAGUCAGCGCUGCCACCCAGUAGCCGGAGAAAAACACAGGAUCCUAGUGUAGCUCGUAGCCCACUGCUGUCACCUCGAAAAAUCAUCCCUGGCGAGUCCCAGCCUGGGACCCUCGGAUACGAGACCCGAAACAACAGCCCAGUUAAACCCGUCUCAAAUGGGCGGUAUCGAUGA